GCAUUGCCUGCCUAGCUACAUUUGACUUGCUUCCAUUCAUUCCAUCCACUCCACUCAAGCAAGAUCUUCUGUACUCGAUCCCUCCCAUACCAGGUAGCUUGGAUAAGAUCAUCGAUGGAGGAUGUGUGGAAGGACAUGUCGCUGUGCUCCACCCCGCUCGCGCUACAGUCCUACCACCUCCACUCCCCAGCCGCCGCUCCCUACCGCGGCGCCGCCCACCCCCAGGACUACCUCGCCGGCGCCGUUCCGCAGCCUCCCCGCACGCCGCCGCCUCACACGGCGCUCACCCUGGAGUUCACCUGCCCCGGGGGGACCGGCGCUGCCAACUCGGCCACCAGCUCCGGCGACGACCCAGCCGGCUGUCACUUUGGCUUCUCCGCGUCCGGAGGCGCCAGCAAGAGAGCCGCUGUGCAGCCAGCGGCGGGCGACGACCGGCGGCAGCGCCGGAUGAUCAAGAACCGGGAGUCGGCGGCGCGGUCGCGAGCGCGGAAACAGGCCUGCACCAACGAGAUGGAGCUGGAGCUGGUGCAGCUGCGCCGGGAGAACAGGAUGCUCAUCCAGCGCGAGCAGGACUUCAUCAACGACCGUUUGGCGAAGGCGGCGCAGGCACCCGUCCCAGACUGCAGCAGCGGGACCACUAGUAGUACCCUCCAGCAGAAGCAGCAGCGGCAGAAGCAGAGGUGCCGCUCCGCCCCUGCGCCAUGAAUCCAUGAUCGCCGGCCGUCGACGGUCGACUGUAGCAGCAGCUUCAUUCCACUUACAAUGGAUUGAUUGUCCAAGCUAUCUAGCUAGCUAGCUACUGUAGAUGACUUAUUCAGCACUGGACUACUCGUUAACAAAGUACUACUACUACUAUGUACUCUAUGUAUGUAUCGAAUCAUAGCCUACUUGCUUGCAAAAGUACGUAAGCAAGGAUGUAGCUCGACGAUGGAUGGAAGGGAAGCUAGUUAACUAGAGUA